CACCACACACCGCCUUGGAUCUGUUUGAUAGAGCGAAGAGAGUCCUCAGCUCACAGGCACGAUCAGUCCCACCUGGGAGGAUGCAGAGGAUCACAACACUGGCUGCUACUUUGGGCACCUUCUUGGGCCUGCUGGCAGUAGCAGCAAUGGCAGACCCAAACCCUCCCCAGCUGGACACCCACAGCAUGCUGCCUGCCCACCGGCGCCAGAAGAGGGCCUGGAUUUGGAACCAGAUGCAUAUCGAUGAAGAGAAAAACAAUUCACUGCCCCACUAUGUGGGCAAGAUCAAGUCAAAUGUGAACCGAAAGAAUGCCAAGUAUGUGCUCCAAGGAGAUUCUGCUGGCAAGGUCUUCCGGGUGAAUGCUGACACAGGGGAUGUGUAUGCCUUUGAGAGGCUAGACCGGGAGAAGGUCCCCGAGUACUGCCUCACGGCCCUCAUUGUGGACAAGGACACCGACAAAAACUUGGAGAUGCCUUCCAACUUCACUAUCAAAGUUCAUGAUGUAAAUGACAACUGGCCUGUGUUUACAUACCGGGUGUUCAAUGCGUCUGUGCCUGAGAUGUCAGCCGUGGGAACCUCCAUCAUCACUGUGACAGCAGUGGAUGCAGAUGACCCUACGGUGGCCGACCAUGCCUCUGUCAUGUACCAGCUUCUGAAAGGAAAUGAACACUUUGCCAUCGAUAAUUCUGGGCGCAUUUUCACAACAGCCAAGAACUUGGACCGAGAGACACAGAAUCUCUAUGAGAUUGUGUUGGAAGCACGAGAUGUCCAGGGCCUCCACGGAGAAUCAAGCACAGCCACAGUGCUGGUCACUCUAGAAGACAUCAAUGACAACUUUCCCAUUUUCACUCAAUCCACAUACACAUUUACGGUGCCUGAAGACAUCCCUGUGGGCAGCUCCUUGGGCUCUCUGACUGUCGUGGACCCAGAUGAGCCUCAGAACCGCAUGACCAAAUACAGCAUCAUACAGGGCGAGUACAGAGACACCUUCACCAUCCAGACAGACCCCAACCGCAAUGAGGGCAUCAUCAAGCCCAUGAAGCCUCUAGACUAUGAACUCAUCCGAAAAUACACAUUCUACAUUGAGGCCACGGACCCCACAGUCAGACUUGGAUACCUGAGCAGCACCGCUGGCAAAAACAAAGCACGUAUCAUCAUCAAUGUCACAGAUGUGGACGAGCCCCCUGUCUUUCAGCAGCACUUCUAUCACUUCCGGCUGCCGGAAAACCAGAAGAAACCUCUGGUCGGCAAUGUACAGGCUAAGGACCCCGACCAGGCCCAGCGCAGCAUUGGAUACUCCAUCCGCAAGACCAGUGAUAAAGGCCAGUUCUUCCGAAUAAACAAACAGGGGCACAUUUAUAAUGAGAAAGAACUGGACAGAGAAAUCCACCCCUGGUAUAACCUGACUGUGGAGGCCAAUGAACUAGAUACUAGAGGUAAUCCCACAGGCAAAGAAUCCAUUGUGCAGGUCCAUAUUGAAAUUUUGGAUGAGAACGACAACCCCCCUGAAUUUGCCAAGCCCUAUGAGCCUAAAGUUUGUGAGAACGCUGCCCAGGGCAAGUUGGUCGUGCAGAUCUCCGCAACAGACAAGGACAUAACACCACGAAACGCCAGGUUCAAGUUUGCCCUGAGGUCCGAGGAUAGCAACUUCACCCUCAUGGACAAUCACGAUAACACUGCCAACAUCACCGUCAAAUACGGGCAGUUUGAUCGGGAGCGUGCCAAGGUCCACUACCUGCCCGUGAUCAUCUCAGACAAUGGGGUGCCCAGCCUGACAGGAACCAGCACGCUGACGGUGGCCGUGUGCAAGUGUAACGAGCAGGGCGAGUUCACCUUCUGUGAGGAGGUGGCCCCCCAGGUGGGCGUCAGCAUCCAGGCACUGGUCGCCAUCUUCCUCUGCAUCCUCACCAUCACAGUGAUCACCCUGCUCAUCUUCCUGCGGAGGCGGCUCCGGAAGCAGGCACGUGCACAUGGCAAGAGCGUGCCCGAGAUCCAUGAGCAGCUGGUCACCUACGACGAGGAAGGUGGCGGCGAGAUGGACACUACCAGCUACGACGUGUCGGUGCUCAACUCGGUUCGCACGGGUGGCGCCACCAAGCCCCCGAGAUCCAUGCUGGACCGACAGGCCCUCUACACUCAGGUACAGAAGCCACCGCGGGGGCUGCCUGGAGGGCCUGGGGAGAUGGCCGCCAUGAUCGAGGUGAAGAAGGACGAGGCGGACCACGAUGGUGGCGGCCCCCCUUACGACACGCUGCACAUCUAUGGCUACGAGGGCUCUGAGUCCAUUGCCGAGUCACUCAGCUCUCUGAGCACCAAUUCCUCCGACUCUGAUAUCGACUAUGACUUCCUUAAUGACUGGGGACCCAGGUUCAAGAUGCUGGCAGAGCUGUACAGCUCAGAUCCUCGUGAGGAGCUGAUGUACUAGGGGUCCUCAGCCUCUGGGCCUGGAGACCCAAACUCACUGCAGCCUCGAUCAGACACUGGCACCGCCUUCCCUGCCUUCCAAGAAUCUGCACUGACUCCCAAGUUCACCAGGCCUUCCCUGUGGGAACAAAGACCUUACCUUUCCCAGGAUAGCAGGCACCAGGCCCCUUAAAUAACCAAGGACGUAUUUCACCGACUUGUUUCACUGACAGCUGUCCCAAAUGCUGGAAAAGUCAGGCCACCUUGCCCCCACCCCUACCCCACACCCAAUCUAUCCCAAAGACUUUGUCCUUCCAGUACUGCUAAGCAAAGUUGCCUAUGCUGAACUUUAGGGAGUCUUCCCGGGGUUCCCAUGUAUGGCUGUCUGCCUGAAGGGAGAAGGCUGGAGGGCCUAAGCUACUGGACAGGACUCUGCAGCCCAGUCCCAAGGCAGACUGCAACUGCCCAUCAUGCCUGCUGUCAGAAGUCCCAGCUCUGCUGAGCCUCCCUCACACAGAUGCAGUACCCAACUACUCCUCAGCUCCUCCCCAGGCCUAUCCAGGAAGGAAGGGGCCCCUCAGCAGCUCCUGACCUUGAGUCCUGAGGUGAUUCCACUAGCUUGCCACCCUAGUCACUGUGCAGUACUGAGUGCUGAUCCAUUCAGUCAACUUCAGGGAAAUGGCUUGCUGAACUUGACAUAACUGUGAAUUUACCCUGGAGAGACAGUGGAGAUCAAGGAUGAUCCAUCAUAGGGCGAGGGCAGCCUCCAACUCACCCUCCAGAGAGAGGGAGGAGCUCAGAGUCCCAUUUCACAUUCACUGGCACUGCCCAGGUUUGCCUGUGGGCAGAUGGUUCUGGAGCAAAAGAGUACCCCCAUUGGUCUGACCUGAUCAUUUAUUCUCUUUUCUCUUUCUGUCUAUUCAUUUCUUGAGUUAGAGAUGCCCAAGAUGCAGCCCUCAGAAAGUCUGGCCAAUGCCCAAAGGUAAACAUGACUGCAUUACAGAGCCACCGUGCCAUUUGUCUUUUUGCUGGUUGCCACAUCUCAGGGAAUGACCCUCAGGCACACCCUGCAGAAGGCAAGGCCCUUGCUGUGCCCGGCUCCCACUGGAGGGUCAUGAGGAACUUUCAACUGCAAUCAUGCCUGGAAGAGGGGACAUCCAGACACAGAGGGGGCGGGUGAGAUAGGAGACAUGACUUCAGCUCAUCCUUAUUGUGGACCCUUCCCCCAGCAAGGUCUCUCAUUCUGCAAGGGGAUUGUAAACACUGACAGUUAUUUAACCAAUAAUUAGUUUUUCCUAAUGAUCAUUGUUUGUUUUGUAUUUGGUUUUGUUUUUACUAAUAAUACUUACAAGUUUCUAGUUCUUACAAAUAUAGAGUAAGAGUUUUUGCAUAAUAAGCAGGUUGUUAUUUAGGUUAAGAAUUUUAAUUCAGGUUUUUUAGUUGGAUAAGCAAUCCCUGUAACCUUUUAUGUCAUAUCGUAGUAAUUGCUCUACAGAUAAUGACUGUAUAUUGGUCACACUGGUGCAUGAGAUGUACUGUACUUUUUUACGUCUAAAUAAAGAAAUAUUAAAAUUC